CGCGCGGUGGCUCACGUGACUGGUGCCCGCCGGGCAGCGCUCGCUGUGCGGUGCAGGUGGAGUGGCCACUAUGGGGCUGCUCCCGCCGCUCCUUCCGCUCCUGCCGCUCCUUCCGCUCCUGCCGCUGCCACCUGCCCGCGCCGCUCCCGCUGCCCGGGUUGUGCGGCCCGGCCUGGAGGAGCGGCUCUUCCCGCAGGUGCGGGACCACUUCAGCUUUGAAACCUACGGCAACGAGACCUUCCCGCAGCGGUACCUGGUGUCGGCAAAGUUCUGGAAGAAAGGAUUUGGACCUAUAUUUUUCUAUACUGGUAAUGAAGGUGACAUCUGGACUUUUGCUCAGAACUCUGACUUCAUAUUUGAAUUAGCAGAGGAACAACAAGCACUUGUCAUUUUUGCUGAACAUAGGUACUAUGGGAAGUCUCUUCCCUUUGGACUUGGGUCAACACAGCUGAAGAAGACUGCGCUGCUCACCAUUGAACAAGCCCUUGCUGACUAUGCAGUGCUCAUUACUGAGCUUAAGCAGCAGUUUAAUGCUGCAGAUUGCCCUGUCAUCGCUUUCGGAGGCAGCUAUGGAGGAAUGCUGAGCGCUUACCUGAGGAUGAAAUACCCAAAUGUUGUGACUGGAGCGUUAGCUGCCAGUGCUCCUCUGCUGUCUGUGGCUGGGCUUGGAGACCCCACCCAGUUCUUCAGAGAUGUCACAGCAGAUUUUCAGAAGUCCAGCCUAGACUGCGUCACAGCUGUCCGUAAAGCCUUCCAGCAAAUCAAGGACCUGUGCCUGAGUGGAGCCUAUGAUGAGAUCAGCAGCAAAAUGGUCACCUGCAAUAAGAUCUCUAACAAGGAGGAUGUUUACCAGCUGUUUGGGUUUGCUAGAAAUGCCUUCACCAUGAUGGCCAUGAUGGACUAUCCGUACAAAACCGACUUCAUGGGUGACCUCCCUGCCAAUCCAGUGAAGGUCGGCUGUGAACAAGUUAUUGCCCACAAAGACCCAAUUGAAGGCUUGGCUGCUCUUGUCGGGGUGUUCUACAACUCCUCUGGCUUGGCACAGUGUUAUGACAUAUACCAGUUGUACCAGUCCUGUGCUGACCCCACGGGCUGUGGCAUCGGCUCAGAUGCAGAGGCUUGGGACUACCAGGUUUGCACGGAGAUCAACUUAACAUUUCAUAGUAACAAUGUGACUGACAUGUUCCCUGAGAUGCCCUUCACAGAGGCCAUGCGUGAGCAAUACUGUUGGAACAAGUGGCGUGUGAGGCCCCGAGCACACUGGCUGCAAACAAACUUUUGGGGAGAAGACCUGAAAAGUGCAAGCAACAUCAUUUUUUCAAAUGGAGACUUGGACCCAUGGGCUAGUGGUGGGAUAAACAGCAGCCUCAGCCCUUCACUGAUUGCACUUACCAUUAAAGGAGGUGCCCAUCACCUUGAUCUUCGGGGACACAACCCAGCUGACCCCCCAUCCGUCAGGGAAGUGCGCAAGCUCGAAGCUGGGAUCAUCAGCAGCUGGGUGAAAUCUGCAGGCAUGCAGCGGGCGCAGGAGCAGGGCGCAGGAGCUGCGGCAGGCAGCCAGCCCUGAGCCCCUCUGGCCCUACAGCCCCUGGGUGCAGCUGCCACAGGACACAGCAACCUGCUGCACUGCUUCUAGGCUGGCUGGGACACUAUUCUCUCCUCUGCCAUGAUGGUGGGAACUCCAUUUUCCAAAGUGUCCCACCUACACCUCACUGAGCAUCAA